GAGACGUUUUUUUUUAAAAAAAAAAUGCAUUUGAAUCCAACAAAAUUGUUUUGUUUGUUAUUUAUAAUAAUUUUUAAUAAUUUUAUCCUGGCUGAAAAGAUUGUUCAAGCAGAUUCUCACGAUUCCUAUAAUUUCGCGAAUUUAAUAAGCAGAUUUUCAAAACUUUCAUAUUUAUCAAAAAGUAUAAUAUUUGCUACAGAAAAAGAUAGCGCAUUUUUAAAUGAAUUUAAGGAAUUUCUUGGUAAAUAUAAUUAUCAUAUAUUGGAGAAUUUACUUUCUAAAAAUGCUUCGGACAAGUGUUUUCGGGACUUCAAACACAUUUUUGAAAGUCUCCCUUAUGGGGGAUGGCCUGUAAAAAUGUUGGACUCUUUCGGAAAGCCUGAGAGUGGGAUUCUGAAAGGAAAUAUUCGUUGGCUAGGAGAAUUUGAUGAAUGCCUCCAAAUCUACGCCCCUCCAAAAAAAGGUGAAGGUGUUGGUGACUUCCAUGGAAAGUAUUGUACUCUUAAGACGACUUUAAAAAUGAUGAAAAGCGAUUUAACUUUAUCUAUGGCUGUUUGUCUGCCAGAUACCUGCGAUUCGUCUGAAAUUAUCCCUGACGUGGCCAGUUAUCUAAAUUUAACUGAUAUACCUCCUGACAUUAGCGAUAAAAUCAGUUCAGUUUUAAACAGUACGACUCUGACAUGUCAUCAGUCUCCAAAGCACUUAUCUGCUGGUGCCAUAUUUGUAAUAUUUUUGAUAUCCAUAUUCAUCCUCCUGGCUGUGACAGGAAGCUCAAUAACUCUCUAUGAAAGAUCAUUUGAAGCAAAUCCCAUGAGUGAUGCUUCGUCUGAAACAAAUUUUGCUGCAAAUCCUUCUGACACCAGUGAUGCGGAAUCACUGUCUCACCAAAAUAUUAAUUCUGUAACCAAUAAAGGAAGCAAUCAUCAUUCCUUACCAGCAUGGCUGGAGAGAAGCAAAGAUUUCUUUACUUGUUUUUGCCUGAUAACCAAUGGCGAAAGGAUAUUUAAUACUGAUAGCGCAGAAGGACAAUUGCCUUGUCUUCAUGGAAUCCGAUUCCUAAGCAUGAGUUGGGUUAUUCUUUGUCAUGCAUAUGCAAUUAUCUUUACAGCCAUACGAAACCCUCUUGAAGCUGGAGAUUUUAUUGACCAUUGGUCAUUUGAAAUCAUUCUUAACGGCUUUUAUUCUGUUGAUGCGUUUUUUCUGCUUAGCGCCUUUUUAGUUGCACAUCUAUUCUUUAAACAAUGUGAAAAAACCAAUGGCAAGAUUCCUUGGCUGUAUUUUUACAUCCACCGAUAUAUAAGGCUUACUCCAGUAUACAUAAUAGUAGUAGCUUUUUAUACAACUUUAAAUAAAUAUCUCGGUACUGGACCCAUAUGGCCUGAUGCCUCGGCUGGUACUGAUCCAAAUUGUGAUGCUUCAUGGUGGAGAAAUCUUCUUUAUAUCACCAACUUCCAGCCUGAUAUUCAAAAAUGCAUGGCUUGGACAUGGUAUUUGGCUAAUGACAUGCAGUUUUAUAUCAUCAGCCCCUUAUUUCUUGUUACUUUAUGGAGGUGGCCAAAAAUCGGAUACUCUGUGAUGGCAUCCUUUUUAUGUGCUACUUACAUAACGAGUUUUGUUAUCUCUUACAAGUAUAAUUUAGUGACUGGAUUAGGAAAUAUUGCGUCAAAUAUUUCUGAUAUAGAUCAGUUUUUUCUUCAAUGGCAUGAGUAUUUCACCAAGUUUUAUGUCAAACCUUACACAAGAUUCGAUCCUUAUUUAAUUGGUAUUGCAUUGGCAUAUUUCUUAUUUAGAAGAAAGCAAAUCAAUGCCGGUAAACUCAGUAGGGUGGCAUUAUCUGUUGGAUGGGCUAUCGCAAGUGGCAUCACCUUCACUGCCAUGUUUGGUCUUUAUCAUCAAAAUCCAUCAACAGUGGCAUCUUCUUUUUACAAUGCUUUGAAUCGUUCUUGUUUUGCUUUUGGUUUAGCGUGGGUCAUUUUCGUAUGCAUCAAUGGGCAAGGGGGUGUGGUUAAUAGUAUCCUUUCAUGGAAGCUUUUAAUUCCACUCAGCCGUCUAACAUUUUGCGCUUACCUGCUUCAUCCAAUUUUAGAACUUGUAUAUUUUUAUUCAGUGACGAGAUUAAUUGAGUUUUCUCAUCUAACGUUGGUCCUACAUUAUCUUGGAUUUCUCAUUUUGUCCUAUGCAGCGGCACUUGUGGCCUCUUUACUGUUUGAAUCUCCAGUGAUAAGAUUGGAAAAAUUAAUCAGAAAUAAGUUUUCAACUUGAAAUAUUGGAUAAUUUUUAUGCAUUAUAUUUUUUAUCAAAUU